AAUCCUGCAUUCCUCAAACUGCCAGGAUUUUAUUCCUGCCAUGAUCAAAACAUCUUAAGGUGUAAAACAGGUACAAUGAACAUCACAGAGGUGGAAGAACACAUCAGCUUGAAGUAUGAAAUCAAGAGAAGGCUUGGAAAAGGGGCAUAUGGGAUUGUUUGGAAGGCUGUGGACAGAAAAACAGGAGAGAUUGUCGCUGUGAAGAAAAUCUUUGAUGCUUUUAGGAAUCGAACUGAUGCUCAGAGAACAUUCAGAGAAAUUAUGCUCCUCCAGGAGUUUGGAGAUCAUCCUAACAUAAUUAAAUUACUGAACGUCAUCAGAGCCCAAAACGACAAAGACAUUUACCUCGUGUUUGAAUUCAUGGACACAGACCUACAUGCAGUAAUAAAGAAAGGAAGUCUAUUAAAAGACAUUCAUAAGCGUUAUGUGAUGUACCAGCUUCUUAAAGCGACAAAGUAUCUUCACUCAGGCAACGUCAUUCACAGGGACCAAAAGCCAUCCAACAUCUUACUAGACUCAGAUUGCUUCGUAAAGCUGUGCGACUUCGGCUUGGCAAGAUCCCUGUACCAGAUCCAAGAGGAUGCUGUGAAUCCGGCCUUGACAGAGUAUGUGGCAACACGAUGGUACAGAGCCCCUGAAAUUCUGUUGGGAUCCACUAGGUACACAAAAGGUGUGGACAUGUGGAGCAUAGGUUGCAUUCUGGGAGAGAUGCUCCUGGGAAAGCCGCUCUUCCCUGGGACGUCUACCAUUAAUCAAAUUGAAAAAAUCAUGAGCGUUAUUCCACCUCCUUCUACUGAGGAUGUGUUGGCCAUCAGAUCAGAGUAUGGGGCUUCUGUGAUUCAGAGAAUGCUGCUUAGACCUCAGGUGCCAUUAGAUGAAAUUCUGCCGGCGUCAGUGCCACCCGAUGCCCUUGAUUUAGUGCAGCGCCUGCUGGUUUUCAAUCCAGACAAGAGACUCAGUGCAGAGGAAGCUCUGCAGCACCCUUAUGUGUCCAAAUUUCACAACCCCGCCAGAGAGCCUGGUCUGGUCUAUGAUGUCAUUCUGCCCGUGGACGAUGACGUCCAGCUCUCUGUUACUCAAUACAGAAACAAACUCUAUGAGAUGAUCCUGGAAAAAAGGGCCAGUCGGCAAAUGCAAAAACAGCCUUAUUUCAGGCAGAAAAUCGAGGAGAAGACUGCAGAAGUGAGUGGGGACAGUGGAAUGGACAAAAGAGAUGAAUCGGGUGCUGGGAAGAGUGCUGUGGAUGGACAUCAUGAGAGGAAAUCUCCCAGUGACAAGAAGAGCCAGAAUGGAACCGGAGCAUCUGUUGGAAAAGCUCUGAGUCGAGCACACGACAGCACCAGCCCGACGGGAAGCCCCAAAACCUCUUAUAACCCCAUCACGCACAUGCCGAAUGGUUUAGUCAAGCCGCCGCACUACCCAUCUCCUCCUCAGCGGAUUGGGAGGAGGAAUCAGGAGACCGCUGGCGUUCUUCCUACAGAUGGAGCUAAUGGGGGUGUAGAGCAGCGAGGUCGUUCGGCUCCUGUGGGACGCACACACUCUUUCUCUCUCACUUUAGCGCAGAAUCAAAAUAAUCCUCUGCUCCGCAAGGAUGAACACAUUGUUUCGCCGGGGUUAUGUGUCACCUCUGCUCGCCUGAACCAGCGGUCUAAUUCACGUGAUGCCAAGCCUCCUCCGAGGUUCAGCAAGAAGGUUUUCCAGAGCAACGCGAACGUUUCUGCUGCUGGAGAUCCUCGCGCCAAACUAGGCAGUUACUCGCAGGCGUACGGGACGAUCAGCAAGACCGGACUGGACAGUCUGCUGAAGAACUGCCACUAGGUGUAAAGUGUGGAAUUAGAUCAUGAGGACGUCACUGGAAUCUCCCAGAUCAAAUAAAAAUGAAACUAUAUUGCUGUGAAGAUUAUGGAUAUUGUGGGAAAUCCCAGAUUAGUGCUGCCAAUGACUUUAUUCUGAUCAGUUUAAAUUCACGUGUCAACUACUUGUUUGUAAAUAUGUGGUGAAAAUGUUUAUUAAAUGUGGAGAGAACAUUA